AAGAGCUCUUCCAAAGACAAACCCCUUACGAGAGGCUCAACUUGCUGAGAUCAACACAAACAAAGUCAAAGAGGAAGGAAGUUUUGUAUACAACACACAGACCGUUUGUUUGGACCAUUCCUUCGAUUCCUCUUCUUCUACUACGUGUGGUUUUUUUUUUCUGCACAUUCAUAACUCUUGUUGAUCUGGAAGAAGACAAAGAGAUACAGAGAUAGAAACUGGGGCAGAGCCUGUGUGUGGUGAGAGAUGGACUUGGUGCCUAUAAUACCGAACUACUCCUUAAAGGAUACGGUGGCGCUGUUGAUGGUGUUGCUAGCGUUGCCGCCCAUGUUCAGCGGCGCUCUGCUGGCGUUGUAUACAUUGGCCUCAAUGGGGACGAGGUGGGCGGUCUCUCUAACGUCAAGGUUGUUGCUCAAUGGUAACCCACACGCAAUGUCCACAGUGACCGCAUCAUCGCGUAAACAGCAACAGUCUGAGCAAGCGCAACAACAGCAACAACAGCAACAGCAGCAGCAGCAGCAGCAGCAGCAAGAAGACGAACACAGCGGUAGCUACUUGUCAGCGUUUGUACUGAUCAUCGUCUCAGAUGUGUUUCUGUGCAUUGUUUUGAAGCUUACAGGUCCGCUGAUGACCAAAGUGGCACUUGUGCUUUCGAAGGCGAUCUUAUCGGCAAGCCUAUGUGGAGGUGAUUGGAUCUCAGUGAUAUUGGCGAUGUCUAUAGCGUUGACCUCUGAUAAAUUGUUUGGGAUGGCUUCUCUGUACAUACUCCAACAAUUCGGGUUCAGUAUAACGUCACAGCAUUCGCUGUUCCCACAUCUAUCCACUUCGAACUCUCAUCUGUUUCAGUUUUUUUCAACACUGUUUUCAAGUUAUGCCCAUUGGCAACAAAAGUAUCUCCAAUUUUACUCAUACAACACCUAUAGAGAAGUAUUUUACCUAUGUUUCAAGUUUUUGAUCGAUGUUCUCAAUCUCAUGCUCUCUAUCCAUAUCAUUCUGAUUUCAUUCACAAGCAUCUUCAAAAAUAACUUUUUUUCAAGAUCAAUCAACCAAUUUGCACUGUUGCAUUCCGAUUUGCACAUCCAAACGAUACAUCCCGUGCUUGUAAAAGAUCGAACAAGGGAGUUCAAGAUUGUUUCGGUGGAGGUAUCUCAAGAGCAAGCCGACACGAAGCUUGUUCUCUGGGAUGAAAAUGACUACUCCAUGGAAACACCUGCCUCAUAUCCAGAGACAGAACCUUCAGAUGCAUUAUCUAGUCGAAAUAUAGUUGCUGGGAAUUUUGUUGUAUUCUGUUCUGCUAUAUUUUCAAGAGCUAAAAGCUCACUGAAAGGUAUCCAACCUAUAUGGUGUUUUGUUGCUACCUUGAAGGCGAUGUCACUUCGUAAGGAUAUCUAUUCUGGUGAAGUCGAGGCAAACAAAGGAGAUGAUAAUUCCUUGAUCCUCUCCGAUUAUAUCAACAAGUAUGACGAUUAUGUCUUUGCCAAUUUUGACCAAUGCUUUAAGAGGAAUAGAAUCCUAAUCUUUGUUGACUACAUUGGGGAAACGCUCAUCAGCUUCCAGUUGAAAAACUAUAACCAUGGUGAUAUCAUCAUCAGAGUGAACGGGAUCAUCUGGUAUCAGGUUUCGAGAGGUGACCACAACGAUGAGGAAUAUUUCAUUGUUGGUGGGUUGACUCCACUCUCUCAAUACGAUGUCCAAUUUAUCAUCGAGGAAAAGGAUGAGUUUGGCAAUAAGAAAAAGUAUCUUAUUGACGAUUUGAUUGUUAGUACUGUUGACAAAGAUGGGAACAAUAUCUCUACUGCUAAAAGCACAAGCAGCAAGGUUCUAUCUCCUUUAGUUACACUCCAAGAGAGCUUAAUCACCACUACUGACAAUCUCAAUCAGGAGAGAGUGAAGUUAAAGAAGCAACGUAAAGAGAUCAGCAAGAAGCUAAACUCAUAUAAGCAGGAGAUUGACAAGUUGAAGAGCCGGAUAAGCAGUAGUGAUAAUAAUGAUCUCAAGAAUUGGAACAAAGUUUCCAUGUUGAGAACCUCUGUUAAACAAGCUGAAGAAGACGUGUCAAAAGUUGAAAAUGAGCUUGCCCAAAUUGAAACCCAGGAGACGGAAGUUUACGAAGUAUACAUCGUUGAAAAGAGGAAGUUCGAACAACAGUUGAGGAAUUUCCAGAAUUUCAAGAACACGUAUAAUGGUCGCGUGGAUACCAAACGUACAAGACUUUCUGAUUUGAAUGUUGAUUUGGACAACUUGACCUCCAAGAGGGAUAGGCUUCAGAACAAGGCUGACAAGUUUUCAACGGAACUAUCCAAAGUUGAGAAGGAGUUGGACUCGCUCUACAAGAGCGAUCUGACUGCAAGAAUAACAUCCAGACAGAUCCGUAACGACAAAAGAAAUGGAUUAUUGGGUGAGUUUACCAAAGAGAUCGAAAAGAUGCAAACUGGAUGUACCAAACUGGAAGAGGAGAAUGCCAAAUUGAUGAAGAGACUAUUGAGUUCGUCGCAAUGAACUGUUAACAUUUUAUUAUUUUCUUGAUGUGUUUGUUUGUUUGUUUUGUUUUGUUUUUGUUAAAACCAGUGAGAGCUAUACCUCAAAUCGUUGUCUUAUCAUUAUCAC